GUGAUGGGCUGGGGGCGAGUAAUGCAAAACGUUUGUGUGGAGCCCGGGCCGAGAUUCCUGGAAGUGGUUUAUUAGACGCGCCCAUAUUGCGAGAAUUGUGCUUUGGUAGAAGAUAUCAUCUAAUAACAGAAAUGGCAAAACCAGGAAGCAAGCAACUGGAGGAUGAAGUGACGUGUGCAAUCUGCAUAGAACACUUUACUGACCCCAGAUUAUUACCUUGCUUACACACUUUCUGUAGGCACUGCCUGGAAGACCUGGCAGAACACUCAGGGAAAGGCAAGCUUGUGUGUCCCCUGUGCAAGGUUGAAUAUGAGAUUGCAGUGGCAGACAUCCCAAGUUUGAAGGUGAAUUUCCCUAUCAACAAUCUCAUCUCUAUCCUCUCCUUUUUGACAUCUGAAGACUCGGACAAGAAACCAGUUUGUGAAAUGUGUGAAAGUGGCGAGACAUCUCAAGGAAGGUGCAAUGAUUGUGCUCAGUUUGUCUGUGAACUAUGUAUCACAGGUCAUAAGAGAAUGAGACCACUGCAGCAUCACACCAUCGUCAGUCUUGAGGAGGUAAAAAGCAGACGGCCACUUGCCAUGAAUGUGAUCUACUACUGCGAUAAACACAAGGGUAAAAAGUUGAAACUGUUUUGUGAAUCUUGCGAAGAAGUGAUUUGCAAGGAUUGUACUGUUGUUGAUCAUAAAAACCAUGAUUACCUUUUCACAAGUGAUGUAAUUGCUCGAGAGAAAGAAGAAAUUCUGGGAAGAGCCAAAAAAGUUUCACCAAAAGUCACCGACAUUGAACAGGCGAUUGCAUUGGUAGAGAAAGCCCAAGAGGCACUUGAAGAAAAUAAACACGCGACCAGGAGGGAUCUGGAUGCCUUCAUUGAUAAGCAGAUAUCUGCUCUUGAGAAGAUGCGAGCAGAUCUUAAAAGUGAGAUUGAUUCAGCUUGUCAGAAGCAAGAGAAACAGCUGACUGCUGAGAGGGAGAAUCUAUCCGUGAGACUUGCAAGUGCCCGUAGCAGUUUGGACUUUGCAGAGCGGCUUUGCACUGAGUCAUGUGAUGUCGGCUUGUUGUCCAUAAGGAAGGAGGUGCUAUCCCAGCUAUCCAUUCUAGCAGAGAAACCCGUGGACCUGCCUUUUAUGGAGGGUGGUGUUCGUUUAGUUGUGGAUGAGGAGUAUUGGGGUUCUUUGUCAAAGAAUAUCUCAAUAUAUAAGUCAAUGCCAUCAGGUUUUGAGAAAUCCGCCAUCCUUGGCACCAAGGGUAAAGAGUACAUCCGCGAUCUCUUGGUGUUCCUGUCGCCCGUGCAGCGGAGUGCAAAUAGCCAGUGGGAAUUGUGUUAUUCUGCCAAAAGAGAUGGCUGGAAUUCUAAGACAUUCCAUGAAAAGUGUGAUGGCAAGGCGCCCAAUGUUGUGAUUGUUAGCGUGGAUGGGCGCUACGUGUUUGGGGGCUACACUGACGUAGCAUGGACAAUGACUGACCGUGGCUAUCAGUCUUCCAGUGCGUCCUUCCUGUACUCGCUGUUUAGCAGGUAUGGCUACCGCCCUGAAAAACUGCCAUUGAGUGCCACGCCAGGUCAGCAAGCUAUUUUUGACUCUACAGAUCGAGGCCCAUCGUUUGGUGGUGGUCAUGACCUGUACAUCAGCAAUGAGGCGGGGAGUAACAGUCAGUCUUAUACAAAUCCAUACUCGUACGCUUGUCCCCAGGGCGGCACAACAAAUAACUACUGCAACGUGUUUGCAGGCACGCAAAAUUUCACACCCGACGACAUGGAGGUGUUUUAUGAAAUUGCAAAAUAACAGCCCUGAAGCCAGUAAAGCGACAUGCACCAAAUAUAUUGUAAAUUCAUAAAUACAUGAAAAUUCCAUCUUAAGAAUCAAUUCACAAGCUGUGUCGUUACGUUGUCUACAUGAAUCCUGGUAAUCGAAAGCAAUGCAAAUGUUGGGAAGAAUAUAUGUUUUUGUACCAAUAAAGCAUCCAGGUAACUGA